AUGCAGUCCUUCAUGGAGAAGCACCACACUUCCAAAGAAACGUCCGAGGGUGCAUCCACUACCGCUAGCCGUAUUGCUGGUAAUGUGCAAACCUGCUCGAUCCGAGACUUCCAAGUCGACUACCUCACCAUCGUCCGCGAUUCCGCGACAAGCUAUCACCUCGCUCUGACAGUGGAUCCUGCCCCUCUGUAUCGCAUUGAACUCGUCCCCGCAUCUACCAAAAUCGGCGACAUUCAGAUCUAUUCGGCAUCGGAUAGCACACUCCCUGCCCUUGCUGCAGCACGCAUUUCGGCCAAUCCCAAAAACAAAAGCGAGCCUCUAGCCACUAUAUGCACUUCCUCUCCCACUCAGCCCGACGCGGUUUGGCGUCCCCUGACGCGAGCAGGCACGUUCUCCGCCGUGGAUUAUCGGAGCGAGAUGCCGAUUGUCACGGUGCCUGGCAGGCCAGCAACGCUUCACCAGUUCUCAUGGAGAACAGGUGGCCUUUCAGACCCGUUCUGUCAAGUGUGGUGGGAUGGCCCGCUUCCGCUCGUGCCGGUAUCGAUGUUUACACAGGAUCAGAGAGGCUCAGAGUACGUGUUUGCGACAAUCGCGAGGAAGACUGCCACUGCAGGGGACAAUUUGGUGGAGAUCAGAAGAGGAGGCGGCUUGGAGUUUGAACUGAGCGUGAUUCUGGGCCUGUUUGCAAUCCUACACUUCAAGAAGGAGCGGCUGUUGUGA